UAGCGCAAGACAGUCAUUAAGAAAUUAAAAUCAUAUACAAAGACAUGUUUAGUAGAACAGACAAAGCUGAACUGAUGCUGUCGUCAUGAGCUGGAAGUACACAGGAGACUUCAGCAGGGCUGAUAUUGCUGAAAGCAAUUCCACGUAAGAGGAUAAAAAUGAUGCAGAUGAAGUAAGUGGUACUGCAGUAGCCAUCACCAGGCAAUGCUGCACUGAUGCGCUCUCUCUCUCGCUCUCGCUCUGCCUUCCUCUCCCUGUUUCUCUCAGUGUUUUGAACUGCUGGAGGUGAGGAGAGAAUGAGAAUGUGGAAGGGAAACAAUAAUAGCAUUUCAACAACAGAUUUAGUGUAGUGCUGAUGUGAUGCUUGGACUAGUGUUUAGUGCAGCUGUGUUUUCAGGGACGGGAUUUGUUGUCGGAAUGUAAGCUGGAGGAGCACAAACAAAUGUCCAAACAAAAGGUUUUUUUGACGGCAAUUAAGGUAAUUGUUCCAGGAAACAGAUGCAAUCUUAUGUUUCUGAAGCUUCGAGAAAACAUUGUGCAGGAAAAAUAACAGUGCUCGGCUUGAGAAAUUACGUGAUCAAGUUAUGAAAAAUAAUUGUGCGCAUGAAUGUACGGAUGUAUUGCACAUACAGCAUUUCAAGGAGUGUGAAGGUAAAAACAACUAUUUUGGACAUGACUGUGAAGCUAAAUGUGUAUGGCAGCCUCUCAUAAAGAGAAGCUUUUAUUACAGCAUUCAGUUAUUUUAAUUACGGACAUCUGUAACAAUUUUUUUAGACCUUUGUAUGAAGCAAUCCUUUUCUAGCGACGAUUGAAGCAAGCUUUACAGUUGAGCAGGCAAGUUGCUGUCAAAACUGUAAACAGUGAGAGGAGACGUGAAAGCAGAUCAGAAAUCCUGUUGAUAAAAACUUGGUCCAGAUGUCUGCAACAUAUAUUCACAGAUGGCUUGCUGUUGGAAUACACUGAGGUGUUUUGGCAGACAUGUUUUUUCUCUUCAGGCUAAUGCAGCUUAACUGAAUAGCCACUUUCCCAACUAUCAUCUUUUUUUUAUGGUUGAAAGUGACAAUAAUGGAUGUUUUGGAGUUUGCAUGAGGCAACAGAAGAUUAUGGGUGCAUUGUAUUAGAAAAUAUGUAAAAAAACAACCCCAGAGCUGUUAGCCAAUAGAAUUAAAAAAAAAAAAACUGCUGCUGGAAUUGGACACAAAUAUUUUCUUGUCUUAACCAUUUCUAAUGAUGGUACAAUGGGACAUUGAGGAUUAAAAACUGAGCAGUUACAUUCAAGUGUCUACUUGAGGAAGAGGAAGCAGAGCAUCCUAACCAAAGUGGUGAAAUAAAUCCUCCAAUCUCUUCAAGAAGCAGAAAAACUUGAAAGUUAAGAAAACAAAUCUGCCAAGGGUGACGGCGAGGACAGCCUACACUUUACAACAAGAGGGAUUGUGUUGUAUUGUUUUGUGAAUUGAGCAUUGUUCAAACAUUGUGUCAAUGUGAAAAGGAUUUGCAGCAUACAUGGGGGACUGUUCAGAGUACCAGCGGCUACCAAAUGAGGAAGAGGAGAAGCUGGGCAGUAGCAUGCAGUCAGAUGAGGGUACAGACUGGCUCCUGGAACUUCUGAUAGAGGUGCAGCUUCAGCAGUACUUCCUGCGUAUCCGCGAUGACCUCAACGUCACCCGUCUCUCUCACUUCGACUACGUCAAGAAUGAGGACAUGGAAAAAAUCGGCAUGGGGCGACCUGGGCAGAGGCGGCUGUGGGAGGCAGUCAAAAGAAGGAGAGCACUGUGCAAACGCAAGUCCUGGAUGAGCAAGCCUCUGUCUCGCGCUCCUCAGGUGUUCAGCGGGAAGCGUCCUGACUCAGAGUUCCAGCCUCAACCAGCCACCACCUUCCGCAAGGUGUGCACCCCACCCCCCCAGGAGAGUCAGCAGGCUCUCACCUGCCUGAUCAGCGAGAAGGACCUGGUGCUCUUCGAGAAGCUGGGGGACGGCUCCUUCGGGGUCGUCAAGCGCGGCGAGUGGUCCACGCCCACGGGGAACGUGAUGAAUGUUGCUGUAAAAUGCUUGAAAACUGAUGUCCUCAACCAGCCAGACACCUUGGAUGACUUCAUCCAGGAAGUGAAUGCCAUGCACUCCCUCGACCACCAGAACCUGAUCCGGCUGUGUGGUGUGGUUCUCACACACCCCAUGAAAAUGGUAACUGAACUGGCACCUUUGGGCUCAAUGCUGGACCGUUUGAGAAAGAACCAGGGACAUUUCUUAAUAUCAACGCUGUGCCAGUAUGCCAUCCAGAUCGCCAACGGCAUGGCUUACCUGGAGUCAAAGCGGUUCAUCCACCGAGACUUGGCAGCUAGGAAUAUCCUACUAGCCUCCAAUGAACUGGUAAAGAUAGGUGACUUCGGACUCAUGAGGGCACUGCCCAAGAAUGAUGAUCACUACGUCAUGCAGGAACACCGCAAGGUCCCCUUUGCAUGGUGUGCCCCGGAGAGCCUAAAGACCCGCACCUUUUCACACGCCAGUGACACCUGGAUGUUUGGUGUGACACUGUGGGAGAUGUGUACAUAUGGACAGGAGCCCUGGCUAGGACUCAAUGGCAGCCAGAUUCUCCAUAAGAUCGACAAGGAGGGAGAGAGACUAUCCAAACCCGAGGACUGCCCCCAGGAUAUCUACAAUGUGAUGCUGCAGUGUUGGGCGCAGAAACCAGACGACCGGCCUACCUUUGUAGCACUCCGAGAGUUUUUAGUAGAGACUAUGCCUACAGACAUGCGGGCGCUGCAGGAUUUUGAGGAACCGGACAAACUGCUUAUUCAGAUGAACGAUGUCAUUACAAUCAUUGAAGGCAGGGCUGAAAAUUACUGGUGGAGGGGCCAGAACAAGCGCACCCUGAAGGUGGGCCAGUUCCCCAGAAACACCGUGACAUCCGUGGCAGGGCUGUCAGCCCAAGACAUCAGCCGGCCCCUUAAGAACAGCUUCAUCCACACAGGGCAUGGGGACACGAACCCUCAGCGCUGCUGGGGGUUUCCAGAAAAGAUCGAUGACCUGUACUUGGGUAAUCCUAUGGACCCACCUGAUGUGCUGGGAAUGGAUACGAAUGCUGCCAGACCAACUCAGCUUCCAGGAAGGGCAAAAAAGGAGCCCCCGCCACGCCCCCCUCAGCCAGCCAUCCUAGUCAAGAAGCCCUGCUAUGACCCUGUUACUGAGGAGGAGGAUUUCACACCCACAGGCUUAAAGAAACUAUCCCUGAAAAAACAAGGACCAGCCAAGGGGCUCAAACUGGUCAAACCAGCUGCGCGGGUCACUGGCACAAAGAUAAUGGACCGGCAGUGUUUUGGGAGCAAGCCAGCAUGGCCCCAAACCAACGAGGUGUCUCUGAUUGACUUUGGAGAGGAGAUUCCUCCAACCAACCCCUCACCAGUGGUGGAAAUACAGAUUCCGACACUGGCUAAAUUAGCAUUGGAGGCAGACUCUAUACUUGACAAAACCCCACCCCAGAGUCCUACAAGGGUCCUUCCUCGACCUCUGCACCCUACACCUGUGGUUGACUGGGAUUCCAAACCCCUGCCUCCCCCUCCUGCUUAUGACGACGUAGCUCAGGAUGAGGAGGACAUAGAGGUCUCUUCCAUAAACAGCUCUGAGCCUGUUCUGUUGGACGGGAAGUCCAAAUAUGGCACAGUGAAUCUCCAAAAACUUAAGGAGAAGGGAGAGACCAGCUUUGGCUAUGUCCAAGAGACUGAUUCAGGGGGAAAGCCCAAAUUGGAGGACAACCUCUUUCUGCCCUGCAAGCAGAGCAGACAGACCAACUUCUCAGUGUCUGCGGAGAUCUUCGAGGAGCUCCAGCAUGAGUGCAUGAAGAGACUAAACGUUCCUGUGGUCUCACCUCAACCCUCCUCCCCCAGCCCCACAAACCUGGAGCUCCGCAAGCAAAUCGUCUUGUCUUUCUCUGAAGAGAAGCCACAGAUCCCGCCACGGAUACCCAUCCCACCUCGGCCCAUCAAAUGGAACGAUUACGGCCGCUGGUCCGGGGAUCUGUCUCCGUCUUCGGGAGGCGAGGAGGAUAAACCCCCUCAGAUCCCACCACGAGACCCUUUAUCCCAGCCCAAUUCCAGAACUCCAAGCCCCAUGAGCCUCCACGUUGGCUCCCCCCAGCAAAGGUCAAGCCUCUGCUCGACAGUAUCCUUUGGCUCCUACCUUUCCACCUCCCCAGGCAAACAAAUGCCAACCACCCAGAGCUUUGCAUCAGACCCCAAAUAUGCCACACCCAAAGUCAUUCAAGCACAGGGAAAGGACUGCACUAAGGGGCCAUGCAUCUUGCCAAUUGUCAAAGAUGGUAAAAAAGUCAGCAACACGCACUAUUACCUCCUCCCAGAGAGGCCACCCUACCUGGACAAGUACGAGAAGUUUUUUAAAGAGACCGAAAACCCGGAAGACGGUUCCGCCAAACGCAGCACUACCACAGCGACGGUACGACCCAUGGUCCAGGUGUCCGACCUCAAGGCCAACUUCUCCUCCAACAACAGCAACCUGGGGGCCAAAACCACAAUAAAGACGACAUACAGCCUGCAAAAGAUCACCUUUGACGGGUCUGUUGGGAAGGCAGAGGGAGCCAGGUCUACUGACAAAAUCAGAUUGGUGCAGGAAACUGUUCAUGGGGUGACAAUGGAAGAGUGCCAGACAGCGCUACAGAAUCACUGCUGGAAUGUCCAGAAAGCUGUGCAGUACCUGAAGGUUGAGCAGUUGUUCUGUCUUGGGCUGAAGACAAGAGCAGAAUGUCUUAAAAUCUUAGAAACAUAUGACUGGAAUCUGGAACUGGCUAGCUCACAACUACUGGACUCCUAUAGCACACUGAGGCAAAGACGAUGACAAACUGCAAUUAAGAAGUGAAAUCCUUCAGUUAUUUUGGCACCACUGGUUUUGUCCAUGGAAUGUGUGGACAGAGAAACUGCUGCUUGACUAGGAACAAAAUCUCAACAGGAUUACUGAAUACAGUUCCUACCUACGUCCUGCUGUUCCCAUUGUAAUACUACAUAUUCAGGCUAAAGGUCAAUGCCAACCAAUCCAGUAUUUCUUCUGAAAAAAGUUCAGCUUGUGUGUGUGCGUGUGUGUGUGUGUGUGUACUUCUAAACAGCGUGCUUUAUCUGGGUUGCUCACUAUUGUUUUAUACAGAGUUCUAUAUAUAUAUAUAUAUAUAUAUAUAUAUAUAUAUAUAUAUAUCUCAACUGCUUUGGAAGUUAGCUGGUAAUGGUACCUAAUAAUGCACUAGGCAACCUAACAGAAUAAUCAAUAAUUGUAGCUAACAAAAUAAUUCCAAUUACCCGUUUUUCACUUCCAUUAGCUACAUAGUUCUCACGGUGUUUAAAGAUUACAGCAGACAUGUAUUUUAAUUUUAAAACAGACAUCUGGUACGACACUAGAUUAACAAUAGUUCCAAGUUGGAUUGCCUUGCCUUGUCUGCCAGGAAGUAUGUUACUGCUUUACUUCCGUCUUUAUUUCAGCCCAGUCUCUUGGGUCAAAGCAUUGGCUAAAAUAUUUUAGCACUGGCUAAAAGCAUGUCAGUCAAGAGGGGAAGUAGCCGAUUGGUUAUUGACAGGAAAGAAGCCAGUGAAGGGGUGAACAGUGUAGUACCAGAUCUAAUUUCUUUCAAAACUGCACAUUUGAGACCUAUAUAAUUAACUUGUGUGCAUAGCUGAGAACAUUUGGUGUACUAUUUUGUUAGCUCCAAUCCCUUUAAGAUUAUUUCUCUUGACACAAAUGGCUGCAAAGAAGGCUUCUGCCAGGUUUUCUGUCUGGCACAUCUGUACAAAGCUUCAACAAAGAGAUUUUUAAUAUAGGGUUGCCAUAUGGCUCCAGAUUAACCAGACGCUUUGAGACAGACCGGGAUUUCAAAAUUCCCCCUAAAUUGAAAGUAAUUCACGUAUAAAUGAGCUCCACCUUUGCUGAGAUUAAUCCUGCUGUGGUGGAAUUGCUUGGGCGCAGCAAACAAUUCACACUGAUCAGCUGCUUCUGAUCAGAUCUUAAUGAACGAAUAGCUAAUUUAUCGAUAGAGCAACGAGAUGAUGAUGCGAUUGUAUUUGCAGAAUAAUAUGGCCGAUUGAAUUUUAACAAACAGAAAAAAAUAGCGACUGGCUGCAAUUCAUUCUUAGUUUAAUACAAUUAUUUGACGCGCAUGCAGGUAUUUAAGCACCAUUCUUAAUUGUAGCUAAGGAUGGUUCAUUUACACCUUCAUUUAUUUCAAUUUAGGGGCAAGUUUCAAAUCCCGUUCUGUCUCACAGCGUCCGGUUAAUCUGGAGCCACAUGGUAACCCUAUUUAAUAAGGAAAUUGUUUGCUUUUUCUUGAAUUUGCCUAUUAGCUUUGAAGUCAUGAAGACUGUAGUGUUCUUACUGAAAGCGUAAGUAGCUUUAAAUGUAAUAGUAGUUCUGAUAAUUGCUGUAAUUCUGAAUGGAAUCUGAAUCUGACUUUGAGCUUGUCGUGCGAAUCCUAAGUGCCCAGACUGAACAUACUUCCUCAUUGCAUUCUACUAGCCCCACCCACUCUGCAUUGAGAUAGACAGAGAAGGCGGGGCUGGCAGAGGUCAUAUUGUCAUGUGAUUUGAUGGAAAGGAGGAGGGCUGUUCAGUCCAGGCACUUAGCAUUAUUCAAAGCAAGUUAGAGAAAAGGGGAAAUAAUUCAGUAUUGGAGCAGCAGAAUCCAGGAGCACUUAGAAUGACUGCAAGCACACUAAACUAGUGAGGAGAAAUGUUAAACAGCAACCAGAAUUACAUUUGAAGCUACUCACUCUUUAAAACUGCAUUUGUUCUGCAGCAUAAAAAUUCUUACAAGGUAAUUGGUGUGACAUAGAUUCACCCUUAUCCUUUAAGCCACCAUUGUAUGUAUCUACAGUAAAUAUAUGUCCCCUCCCUCCCACACACAUGAAAGAAGAUCAGUCAGCAUACACACUGCCACAUUGUGGAGCAUAGUAUAUGUAGAAUUGUGCAUACAUACGAUUUGAAUUAUUGCAUUGCAGGGAUUGAAAUGAGACACCUAUUGCAUAGCAGUCACUUAUUCCAGGUUUAUUAUGUGCUUGAUUAGCCCCAGUGUAUAUGUAAUAAGUCUGGGUGUCUUUUUAAACACAUAGUAAAACCAGGAAUUGAUCAAACUGCUAUGCAUGGGAGUCUUAAUUCUAUCCCUGAAUUCUGCUAUAGGAAGAUAUUACUUUACAUUAAAAGCAGAAAGGUAAUGGGGCUAAUGCACUAGCCUCUCACAUCCAUAUUCAAAUCAUGCCCUCAGUGGACAUUAGUCAACAUCACAAAACCACGUAAUAAUCUGGAAUCAUACAGCACAAUGUUCGUCUUUGCAUAAGGACUGUUCAGGGAGUGUUCAGGUCCCAAGAGGUUUGGUGUAAACUUACUUUACAAAUUCAGUUAUUGCCUUUUAACUUUUAACCGACCAAAUCAGGAACAUGCUAGACAAAGCAGGUUUAACACAUGCAUCAAAUCCUUUAUAAUUAAUGCCACCCGUGCAAGUAUCUUGUCUUGCAAAAAGACGUACUGAUAACUGAAGUUUCAUGCCUCUUUAAGCAGUAUUAAUGGUGAUCUGAUGAGUGAUUCCUUUUACUAUGACCUAAAGUUAAAACAUCAAACGCCAUCUCCUGUCUUAUUACAAGAGCCUCUUGUUUAAAGCACACAGUACAUUUGCACACCACAACCAGUUAUGAGCAAAACGUGAUUCCAGUAGCUAUUUAUUUUUAGAACUAAUCUCGUAGGACUGAUUUUGAGGAUACUGUAUUGUCCACCAGAAUACAUUAUUUUAAUAACGAGUUAUUUAAGACAAGUAAUUUCCUUACUUACAUGUAAUAUUGCUAUAAAUAUAUACUAUUUGUAUAUUUUUUUACACUGUUCUGCAUGAUUCAUUGUGUAUGCUCGCUGCAAGCAAGGGGCAUGGAGUUUGAAUCCGUCGCCUGUAGACCUGUUUAAUUCUCACUGACAAAUACACAUGCUGUACAGCAAGCAGCAGGGUAGAAAAGUCUCUAAAUGAUUAAGACAACUGAAAGUGGGCCUCUUGUUGGUUACCACUACUGACCACUUUUAACAUACACACACAGGGGGUAUUUCCAAAGCUUGGAAAUGUAUAUUGACUAAAUCUCUGCUGUGACGGUUCUAGAACUAAACAAGCAAGUCACAUUUUGGUGAUUAAAUAACAUUUUGAGUAAAGCAGAUCUUGCAUAUGUAUUGAAAAGCAAAAGCAAAUUUGAGUAACUCCUGUUUCGAAAAUACCCCCGUCCACCCCAAGUGAUUGUGUGACCCAUUGGGUUUUAAAAAAUACUUUGUAACCUACUGCUUAUGCAGCAAUUAGAGUACCCCUGGCACCCAGACACAUCUUGGAUAAAUGUGUGUGGGGGGGGGGGUCAGAAAUGGCAGUCCCAAAGUGAACAAACUCCCCACCCUGUGGAGUAGAACUGCUGUCCUAAUCCUCAAAUUGAUCACCACCUUCCCCAGCAAUGGGAUUUUUUUCCCACCCAGCACGUUCAAUCUCCAGGUAAUAACCAGGUAACAUCACCUGAGGUGAGGUGUGGGUUUACUUUGACUCUUGCAUUGUUUUGUUCUCUUGUUAAUCACAUGGUUGAGGUGUAUGGCUUGACAUUUUAGUACUGUCGCUGCUACUUUUAAAAAAUUCUAGCAAGUCUGUAUGCUUUUAGUAUAUCACCAGUACACAAAGUGGGAUUGCUUCACAUUGAAGAUUCAUGAUACUUGCAGGCUUUUGAAAAGUUUGCCCUUUUUAAGAGUAUUUCAAUUGCAAGGACACUGCAUUUGUCAUUUAGUCCUGAUUUAUUUGUAACCCUCUGUGGCACACGUCACUGGAACUUGAAAUAUUAUUGUAUUGAUUUCAGUCUAAGGAAUGUGGAUUUGAGCAUCUAAACCUAACUGAGCAUCCUUUUGAGGGGUAGAAAUCUGACUUUAUCAGGUCAGGUUUUAAGCCUAAAAUCAGAACCACAUUUUGUCUUAAUAUCUUAAUCCACAUGACGUAUUUUGAAACAUACAUUAUGCAUUACAUAUAUUACAGUACAAUCAGAUGCUGAAUCAAAUUACAUUUAAUAAUAUAAAAAAAGGGAAAUUUCUUCCUGUAAAUUUGUUGAAAUGACUUCUGUUUCCUGUACUUUUAUCACUGAAUGAUGUCACCAUACCCAGAUAAGUUUAAAGGAUGUCAUCUCUAAAUACACUUUCAUGUCUUCUGUCUUAUAAAAACAUGCACAAGUUUUGCCUUGUAAGUUAGUUAUUUAAAGUUGUGAUUUAAUAAUUGAUUUUUUUGUUUGGCUUCUGUAGCACAAAUCUAAAAAAGCCUCAGAAACAGCAAACUGUAUUUAAUGGAUUAAAAAAACACUUGCACGUUGUAAGAAAAGCUAUGCCACAGAGGGUUGAAAUAAUUACUUAACUUCAAAACUUGUUUUAAAGCUGUACGAUAGCCAUCGGAAGGCACAUAGCAAGACAAAGGCUAUUUUAUGCAGUGUAAAUUUUCCUUCACCUGUAACUAUUUGACCUGAACCCAAUGUCAGUUUUCAAAUGAACAAUAUAGGAGAUUACUUGGAGCUUAUUUCAUUCAAAUGCAGCAACAUUUCAUGUAUACUUUGAUACUCUUUCAAUGAAGACAUACUAUCCAUAUUGACUGUGUGUUGUACAUUGUAUUUUCUUCGCUGCUAUUGUUUUACAAUUAGUUCAUUUUGUAUUUGUUAACCCAGGUAGUUAUUUUAGUGCAGUGCAGGUACCUGAACAGACCCGUUUUAUUUAUUCAAGGAAAAGUGAAAUAUUUGUGAUUUAUUUGUUAAGAGCAAAUAAAGAAAUCAGUCGAUGGAAUAUUGAUGUAUCAUAUGCCAUAUGUAUGAUGUGUGAAAGGGUUAAUUAUAUUGUGUAGGAAAUGCACAGAAAAGAGAAUGCUGCAGACCUUAAAAUAUAUAAUGUAUUUUUUAUUAAA